AUGGCGCCUGCUGCCAGUGCACCCACCAAGCCACAGCCGCAGUGGUCGACAAAAUUCGACACGCUGCGCCGCCACGACCUGUUCCGGAACCCGCCCAAGGACAGCACGGCCUACCCCACGCUCGCCGCCGCCGUCGAUCCCCAUGUCCAGUCCUUCAAUGCCAUCUUCGCUCCCGGCGGCCAGCUGGCCGAGGGCAUACGCGACAUUGGCACAAAGGUCUUCCUCGACGGCGACCGAUAUGCCGCCCCCGAAGAGGCCGGCGUGCGCAACAGGCUGCAUCUGCGCAUCCAGGACGUCUUCCUCGACAAGCCUGUCCUGCCGCCCACCAACAAGGUCGCCCUCAAGAACCGCAGCAUCCUCCCCGCCGAGACACGCGAGCGCCACGCUACAUACCGCGGCAAGAUGCGCGCCCGAUUGGAGUGGAGGGUCAACAACGGAGACUGGCAGGAGGAGAUUGCUGACCUGGGCUCGGUCCCCAUUAUGCUGAGGUCCAAUCGCUGCCACCUCGAGGGCCUUCCCCCCGCAGCGCUGGUCAGGGCGAAAGAGGAAAGCGACGAGCUCGGGGGCUACUUCAUCGUCAACGGCAUUGAGAAGAUUAUCCGUAUGCUCCAGGUCAACCACCGAAACUACCCCAUGGCCAUCAAGCGUGGCGCCUUCACCAACCGUGGGCCUGGCUACACCCAGUAUGGUAUCCAAAUCCGAUCAAUGCGCCCGGAUCAAACAUCACAAACAAAUGCUCUGCACUAUCUCAACGAUGGCAACGUCAAUUUCCGCUUCUCGUGGCGCAAAGCUGAAUACCUUGUGCCAAUAUGCAUGGUCCUCAAGGCCCUGGUCGAGACGAACGAUCGCGAGAUAUUCGAGGGCCUUGUAGGCGCAGCGGGAUCAGCAGGUCUCGAAGAGAAGCAGUUUGUGACCGACAGAGUAGAACUGCUGCUCCGCACAUACAAGGUCUACGGACUGCAUUCCAAGGCAAAAACUCGGGCAUAUCUAGGAGAGAAGUUCAAGGUCGUCAUGCAGUUGCCUGCAGAUGUCACGGACGAGGAAGCCGGUACUGAGUUCCUCCGGAAAAUUGUGCUGCCUCACCUGGGCUGCGUCAAUGUUACCCCUGCCGAAGAUGCAGACAAAUUCCGGAUGCUCCUCUUCAUGACUAGGAAGCUCUAUGCGCUGGUUGAAGGAGACUGCGCGGUCGAUAACCCUGAUGCUGUUCAAAACCAGGAAAUCUUGCUGGGCGGACAGUUGUACGGUAUGCUUCUGAAAGAGAGGCUGGAGGAGUGGCUUAACAGCUUCCAGCUCGUUUUGCGAGAAUGGGGCAGGAAGACGGAGUACAGGCCUUUUACAUCACAAGAAUUCCACAAAGAUUGGUCGUCGAAGAUAUUGCGACGGACACAAAUGAACAUUGGACAGGCUAUGGAAUACUUCCUCAGCACGGGCAACCUCAUUUCGCCGACCGGACUCGAUUUGCAACAGACUUCCGGAUACGUGGUGGUAGCUGAAAAGCUCAACUUUCCAAGGCGAGUUGCACUCCUCUCUUGGCUAGCGUUUAUCUCACAUUUUAGAAUGGUGCACAGAGGUGCCUUCUUCGCUCAGCUCAAAACAACAACCGUCCGAAAACUGCUUCCUGAAUCCUGGGGCUUCAUGUGUCCCGUCCAUACUCCUGAUGGUUCUCCUUGUGGACUCCUUAACCACUUUGCACACAAGUGCAAGAUAGCGACAACCAACCUCGAUGUAUCAACGGUUCCCAAACUCGUUGCUGAACUCGGUGUAUCGAGCAAAUCCUCGGCCUCCCUUGACACAAGUGUUGUUGUGCAGCUCGACGGCCGCGUUCUAGGCUUCUGCUCGCCCAAGCAAGCCAAAGUCAUUAGCGAUACGCUACGCUACUGGAAGGUCGAAGGCUCGCACGGUGUGCCGCUAGAGAUGGAGAUUGGUUACAUUCCAAACUCAAACAACGGCCAAUAUCCAGGAGUCUACAUGUUCUCGCAAUGCUCGAGAAUGUACCGACCCGUCAAGUACCUACCGCUCAACAAGCUCGACUACGUGGGUCCAUUUGAGCAACCCUACAUGUCCAUCUCUUGCACAGAUGCCGAGAUCGUUUCGGGCGACUCGACCCAUGUUGAGUUUGACCCCACAAACAUAUUUUCCAUCAUCGCCAACCAGACUCCCUUCUCCGACUUCAACCAAUCGCCAAGAAAUAUGUACCAAUGUCAAAUGGGUAAACAGUCCAUGGGCACACCGGGAACUGCUGCACGAUAUCGAACAGACAACAAAACCUACCGCUUACAGACGGGCCAAACUCCUAUUGCCAGACCUCCACUCCAUAACGAGUAUGGCAUGGACAACUUCCCGAACGGCAUGAAUGCUGUUGUAGCUGUCAUCUCCUACACUGGAUACGACAUGGACGACGCUAUGAUCUUGAACAAGUCAUCGCACGAGCGUGGUUUUGGACACGGAACAGUCUACAAGACCAAGAUUUGCGAUCUCGAGGAGGGAAGUCGUAAGGCGCGUUCGAAUAAGACUGUGACGAAGCUAUUCGGUUUUGCACCAGAGGGCCUGAUCAAGGCUGAAUCCAAAGAAACUCUUGAUGUUGACGGUCUGCCGCGUAUUGGGACUAUGUUGCGGCAUGGCGACGUCAUUGCGGCAUGGCAUACUGUCUCGUACGAUGCAGCCACAGGGGAAUAUGUGAACCGCGACGGACAGACCCAGUUCUUCAAGUACAAAGAGGACGAAGUCUCUUUUGUCGAAGAGGUCCGUAUCAUUGGCUCUGAAGACGGCACACAGCCCUGCCAAAAGCUCUCGAUCAAGCUGCGUACACCGCGUUCGCCAGUUGUCGGUGACAAGUUCUCUUCUCGUCACGGUCAAAAGGGAGUUGUAUCUCAAAAGUUCCCCAGCCAGGAUAUGCCGUUUUCUGAAUCUGGCAUACAACCAGAUGUCAUUAUCAACCCCCACGCUUUCCCGUCUCGUAUGACAAUCGGUAUGUUUGUCGAGUCAUUGGCUGGAAAGUCUGGAGCGCUCCACGGCAUGGCACAGGACUCAACGCCUUUCCGAUUCGAUGAGCAGAACACGGCUGUUGAUUACUUUGGUGAACAGCUGAAGGCUGCAGGCUACAACUACCACGGAAACGAACCAAUGUACUCUGGAAUUACAGGCAAUGAGCUCCACGCUGAUAUCUACAUCGGAGUCGUCUAUUACCAACGUCUUCGUCACAUGGUAAACGACAAGUUCCAGGUGCGAAGCAACGGUGUUUCCAACGCAUUGACGGGCCAGCCUAUCAAGGGUAGGAAGAAGGGUGGAGGUAUCCGUGUCGGAGAGAUGGAACGCGAUGCUCUCUUGGCCCACGGCACAGCAUUCCUCCUCCAAGAUCGCUUGAUGAACUGCUCCGACUACACAAAAGCCGCCGUCUGCAGGACUUGCGGCUCCUUCCUCAGCACCACCCCCACGGUCAGCGAGUACAGCCGCAAGAAGGACAGAAACGGCAAGGACAUUACCAUUCGCUGCAGACGAUGCGCUACGCUCGCAGACGGCGUCUCCAACAAAGCUGAUGUCUGGAUGGAUGCUCAAGGCAUGCGAUACACGGGCGGCGAAGACGUCGCCAUUGUCGCCGUCCCCGGCGUACUCAAGUAUCUCGACGUCGAGCUAUCCAGCAUGGGCAUCAGGCUCAAGUUUAAUGUUGAUCCGUAGAAGCAGGUACAACUCUUGUUCCAUACACCAAAUGACAAAUACGCAAUCAUGUUCUCUUUUUUUUCUCUCUCCUAGCUGGAGUUGAAGCAAUGAUUACACGGUUCCCGCCGGUUUUUUUUUUCUUGUUUUUUUUGGUUCCCGGCGUUGUGCAAAAGACUGAGACGG